CUUCUUCAUUCAUGCCAGGAUGAUCCACAGCCUAAGGAGUGAGGAUAUGAAAUCAGAUAACAUGUUUCUGCAACUUCAAGAAAUUCAAGAAUCUGUGAGGCUUGCAUUUCUGAACUGUUUUGUGGAUUUUGCAGCUCAUCUGGAACGUAUUGGGGGUGAAAUCUCUCAGAAUAAGUUGAAUCAAGAAACAUCACAUGUAGAAAAUGGAUAUUUUCAACGCCAAGCGAAAGGUCAUAGUCUUCACCCUGGCAAUGUUUGUGAUCCUCAUCAAAAGCUGUUGAUAGUAUUAAGUAAUAUUGGAUAUUGCAAAGAUGAGCUUUCACAUGAGUUGUACAACAAAUACAAAUAUAUCUGGCUGCAGCCUAGGGAUAAAAAUGAAGGGGACUGUGAUAUACAAGAUUUGGUAAUGUCUUUCUCUGCACUUGAGGAGAAGGUCCUGGCACAGUAUACUUUUGCAAAGGCAAAUUUGAUUAAGACGACUGCGAUAGACUACCUUUUGGAUGCUGGAGUUCAAUGGGGAGGGGCACCUGCUGUCAAAGGUGUGCGAGAUGCAGCCGUGGAAUUACUGCAUACUCUUGUAGCCGUGCAUGCAGAGGUUUUUUCUGGUGCUAGGCCCCUAUUGGAUAAGACACUGGCUAUUCUUGUGGAGGGCCUGAUUGAUACUUUCCUCAGCCUUCUCCAUGAAAACAAAUCCAAAGAUCUGAAGUCAUUAGAUGCAAAUGGUUUCUGUCAGCUUAUGCUUGAGCUUGAAUAUUUUGAAACAAUAUUGAAUCCAUAUUUUACACCUGAAGCAAGUGAGUCUCUAAAAUCUCUACAAGGAGUUCUGUUGGAAAAGGCCUCUGAGAGUGUUACAGAGUCUUCUGAGAAUCCAGGGCAUCAUCGUCGUCCAACACGUGGGAGUGAAGAUGCAAUUGUAGAUGAAAGACAGCAAGGAAUGACUGUGUCACCAGAUGACCUAAUAGCUCUUGCCCAGCAGUACAGGUCUGAGCUGCUUCAAGCAGAACUUGAGAGGACUCGCAUCAACACAGCAUGCUUUGCGGAGUCGAUUCCAUUGGACUCAGUACCUGCACCAGCCAAAGCUGCUUAUGCUUCUUUUAGGGGAUCGAUGGAUUCACCAAGAAACAUCAAUUCACCAAGAAGUUUUAGUACAGAGUCUAUUGAAUCCCCAAGUUACUCCCUGCGUAGGCGUAGAUGAUGUGCAAUUUUCAAGUAAUAUUUUUCUCAUUAUGCAAUGCAUUUUAUGUUGUAUUAUUAUUAUUAUUUUUUAUUUUGCCUGUGCUCAUUCUUUUGGUGCCCUGGUUGUUCCCAGUAGGCCUGUGUUGUUGAUGUGUAGAAGAGAAAUAUUCGAGCAUGUUGUGUCUAUAUGUAAGCUCUAAUUUAUUUUA